GGCGGCGCCGGCCGCUGGGAUUCCGUCCGCCAUGCCGGGGAUGGUGCUGUUCGGCCGGCGCUGGGCCAUCGCCAGCGACGACUUGGUCUUCCCGGGGGUCUUCGAGCUGCUGGUGCGAGUGCUGUGGUGGGUUGGCAUCCUGAUGCUGUACCUCAUGCACAGAGGGAAGCUGGACUGCCCGGGGGGUGUCCUGCUCAGCAGCUACCUGAUUGUGCUCCUUGUCCUCCUGGCGGUUAUCAUAGGCACCGUGUCGGCCAUCGUGUGUGUCAGCAUGAAAGGGACCAUCUGUAACCCGGGACCGCGGAAAUCCAUGUCCAAGCUGCUCUAUGUGCGCCUGGCGCUCUUCCUGCCAGAGAUGGUCUGGGCGUCCCUGGGGGCCGCCUGGAUCGCGGACGGCGUUCAGUGUAACCGGACUGUGGGCAAUGGCAUCAUCGCGACCGUUGUGGUCAGCUGGCUCAUCAUCGCCUCCACCAUGCUCACCAUCCUCAUCGUCUUCGACCCUCUGGGGGGCAAGGCGGCCCCAGGCGCCCCCCUGGGCCCCCAGCCCCUAGACAGCCGCGAGUCCAACCAGCUGCUGAGUGGCCUCAAGACGGCGGCGACCAGCGUGUGGGAGACGCGAGUCAGGCUGCUGUGCUGCUGCGUCGGCCGGGACGACCACACUCGCGUCGCCUUUUCGAGUACGGCAGAACUUUUCUCAACCUACUUUUCAGACACGGACCUGGUGCCCAGCGACAUCGCGGCCGGCCUCGCCCUCCUCCAUCAGCAGCAGGACCACGCACGGAGCCCCCCGGAGCCCACCGAGGUAGUCACCCACUCCCCCGGGCCCUUCCAGGAGGCCGAUCUGGACGCAGAGUUGGAGAACUGCCACCACUACAUGCAGUUUGCAGCCGCCGCCUACGGGUGGCCCCUCUACAUCUACAGGAACCCCUUCACGGGGCUCUGCCGGGUCGGUGGCGACUGCUGCAGACGUAGCACCGCCGACUACGACUUGGUCGGAGGCGAUCAGCUCAACUGCCACUUCAGCUCCAUCCUGCAGACGACGGGGCUGCAGCACCGAGACUUCAUCCACGUCAGCUUCCACGACAAGGUGUAUGAGCUCCCCUUCUUGGUGGCCCUGGACCACAGGAAGGAGUCGGUGGUGGUGGCCGUCAGAGGGACCAUGUCUCUGCAGGACAUCCUCACGGACCUGUCUGCGGAGAGUGAGCCCCUCGACCUCGAGUGUGAGGUGCAGGACUGCUGGGCACACAAGGGCAUCUCUCAGGCCGCCAGAUACGUCUACCGCCGACUCGUCAACGACGGGAUUCUGAGUCAAGCGUUCAGCGUCGCCCCUGAGUACCGGCUGGUCGUCGUGGGGCACAGCCUGGGUGCGGGUGCCGCGGCACUGCUGGCUCUCAUGCUCAAGAGCUCGUACCCACAGGUCAGGUGCUACGCCUUCUCCCCGCCCAGGGGGCUGCUCAGCAAAUCCCUUUAUGAAUACUCCAAGACCUUCAUCGUGUCCCUUGUCCUGGGCAAGGACGUGAUUCCCAGGUUGAGUGUGACCAACUUGGAAGACCUGAAGAGGAGGAUCCUGCGAGUGAUCGCCCACUGCAACAAGCCCAAGUACAAGAUCCUGCUGCGCGGGUGCUGGUACGAGCUGUUUGGAGGGAGCCCCGAGGACCUUCCCACCGACCUGGACGGGGGCGACCUGACGCAGCCCCUCCUCGGGGAGCACAGCCUGCUGGUGCACGGGUCCCCGACCUACAGCUUCUCCAGCGAGUCCCCGCUCGAGUCACCCACCAAGUACCCGCCGCUCUACCCUCCUGGCAGGAUCAUCCACCUGGAGGAAGAAGGCGCCUCGGGGAGCUGCUCCUGCUCCCCUGCUGCCCGAUACACCAUGAGGUGGGCCCACGAGUCAGAAUUCAGCAGAAUACUCAUCGGCCCCAAGAUGCUCACAGACCACAUGCCAGAUAUCCUGAUGAGAGUCCUGGACCACGUGGUGUCCGACAGGACUGCCUGUGUUUCCUGCCCAGCCCAGGGAGGCUCCAGUGUGGACCAGGCAUGACCAGGGAGACUGGGAGCUGCUUGGGACUGUGGACUCCGCUGGGGUUCCUACGAGGCCAGUAGGUGGAUUCCUAUCGAUCAGAGGUCGAGGGUCUCCUCCAUGACUAAUUUGAGAAGUACUUUUGCUCACAGUAUUUGCAGACUCAGGAGCUAGGAGAGCGCUGAGGUAAUGGGCAGGUGUGCAGAGAGCUGCAGGACACCCUUGCCCAUAGGCCUGCCGAUUCUGGGAAUCAGGUUUAAGACCCUAAUGGAUCUGUAAGCGCCUGCCCUUUGGGCCACCUUUUCGGAGACUGGGUCCUGCCUUACGACUGGGUAGAUCAGCCUGUGGGUAGUUUUACCAGUCACGUUUUGAACGUGUUUUUCUGUCCACUAUCAACACCACAAAUAAAGCCUCCAGUUUUCUUGGAGCUCUACAUGGCGUGGGCAUCUGACUGUACCCCCACCCCCGAUGCAAACUCCAUGAAGUGGCAGUAAGCGGACUUCUUAAGAAAGCACACACCCACAAGGACAGGGGACAGAACAAGGAGAUGGCCGGAGGUAAAGGGACUUCUGGGUGAAGUGGGAAAGACGGAACCAACCUGUCUACAAAGACCACCUCUGCCUGGGGCGGAGCGGACGGUGGGGGCCGGCCAGAGGGACAGCAGGAGAAGCUCGCUGGCCCGUUGCGCGGUCGGGGGCCCUGGGUCAGCGCUCCUCAGCGCCUCCCACUCGGCUCCCAGAACCUGCAGACCUCCAGGGAUGCCCGCACCCUCAGGCCAGGCAGCUGUCAGAGGCAUACCACUCUGGCUUUUGAAAACAUGUGAAAACUCACGUGGAAAACUUCGACUAAAAUGCCACAUAACUUUCAUUUCUAAGUGUAAUCUCUGCACACUCCCAGUGGCAGGAAGGAAAGCGAUCCUGGGCCUGAGCCACCUGCGUGCUCGGUGUCAGAUCCGCUGACAGCUUUCACUGUCCAAGCUCGAGCUGGGGACUGCCCAGCCGCCUGGGGAACAAAGGACCGAGGGAAACCAACCUGGGCGAAGCUUCAAACCCUCCUGGCUACAGCCUGGGAACAGGAAAAAUGCUGCAACCACAAAACUGAUCCACAAGCUGGAAAGUGAAAAACACCUCCUGGACAGGAAGAGCACGAAAGAUGGAACGCCUGAACGAGGAGAGAUGGGCUUCCAGACAGAGGAGCCCCCCAAGCACAGGGUCAGGAGAUAGAGGCCCACCCAGACGCAAAGACACAGGCAGACCCCGUGAGACACGGAGACACACACAGUACCUCGCCCUCCAGAGCGAAGGCCAGAGGUGACCAGGGGGAGGGGGGUGUGCUUUAAAAGAGUCAGAAGAUGGGCUUCCCUAGUGAUCCAGCAGCUAAGCUAAGACCCCGUGCUCCCGGUGCAGGGCCCAGGCUCAAUCCCUGGUGAGGGAACUAGUUCACACAGGCCGCAACUAAGAGUUCCACGCUGCAAGGAGGAUGUCCUGCAGUCUACAGCUAACCCGGCACAGCCAAAUAAAUGAGUUUAAGAAAGCCAAAGAGAUGUUACUUUCAUCCUGGAAUUGUAGAUUCAACCAGAAAGUAUCCAGGUACAGUGAAGUUUUUUUUAAAGAUAUAAGAGCUCAAAAAAUAUAGACAACCUACAUAUCUCUCAAGAAGCUCCUAGAAAAUCCAUCAAGAUGAGAAAGUAAAUUAGGAAUGACUCCUUAGUCAAGAUACAGAAAAUAAAAGAAUAGGAAGAGAAGCGGUGGUCAGAGGGCUCCAUGCCUCUAGGGCAAUGAAAACUGAUGGAGCUUCUGGAGAGAUCCAGAUAACCGAUGGAGAGAUCGUUAGAUUAUCAGGUACACAGGAAACGGGGCAAACCAACUACCAUCCCUAAGAAGCCACAGACUGCAGCAAAGGCAGGUUCUGUCACCACACGGCUGCGCGUCUCCGUGGCCGGGGCAACGAAGACACCAGGUACCAGCGCCAGCCAGCAGGACUGUGUCGAAGGAGUGGGAAAGGUGUGUUGAGGGUGGGAAUGUCACGGGUGAUGGCUAGAGCCAAAAAUACAAGGAAUAAGAGCACGCGGGUUAACCUGAGCCUUGGGGAGGGGAGAGAUGGAGGUGCCAUCAAUCAGCAGCGGCCAGGGAGUGAACUGAAGCCUCCAGAAGACCCCAAGGGGCUGGUUCUGGAGCACUCCCGUCCGUGAGCCUGUGGAGCUGUGGGGAGGGCACAUACUCUGCCCUUUCCCCGCACCUGCCCCUCUAAGGCCUCUUCCAUCUGGCUGUUCCCAAGUUACAACCUUUUAUGAUAAACUAGUCACCUGGUGAGAGAGAAGCAUAUGAUGUAGACAUACUGUGGAGUCUGAAGUAACAAGAAUUACUUAAAAGAACUCAAAAUAGACCCCUCUGGGGAGGGUGUGAAAAGGAAAGACUAUACUGUUUUUGUAGCAAACCUUUAG